AUGCCACCUGUGCCUCGCGCUGGAAUUCCCAGCCAGCAGCGCCGCAUAGUGCUUUAUCAUCAAACAAUAGUGCCUCGUGAGCGUGGUUAUGUGCCCAUGUUGCCUUUGGUAGAGAAUUUCACCGGAACAACGCAUAUCAUAUUAGCUGCCUUUCACAUCAACGGUCGGCCGGGCAACAUCACCCUCAAUGAUGACCCGCCGGACAGCCCCAUAUACAAUGAACUGUGGCAGGAGGUGCCCUUAAUACAGCGGAGUGGAAUCAAGGUGAUGGGCAUGCUGGGUGGUGCUGCACCGGGUAGCUUCCAGCGGCUGGAUGGUCUGCAGGAAGAGUUUGAGGCGUACUACGCGCCGUUGCUCGCGAUUAUUCGGCGAUAUGGCCUCGACGGGCUGGAUUUGGAUGUUGAAGAGGCCAUGUCGCUGCGGGGGAUAAUUAGGCUGAUUGAUCGACUCAAGGCUGAUUUGGGUGAAGGGUUUAUCAUCACUCUGGCUCCUGUUGCGACUGCUCUUGUGGAUUUGGGAAAUCUGUCGGGUUUCGACUAUCGUGAACUAGAGCGCAGCAGAGGAUCCAAGAUCAGCUGGUAUAACACACAGUUUUACAAUGGUUGGGGCCAGGCGGAAGAUCCUCGGAUAUAUGCUACUAUUAUUUCUCGCGGAUGGCCGGCCAGCAAAGUCCUCCUGGGACUGUUGACGAAUCCUGGAAAUGGGAGUCAGGGAUGGGUCUCUUCAGAGGAUAUCGGACCUGUGAUUGCAUUCCUGACCCUGCAGUUUCCUGAUUUUGGAGGGGUGAUGGGCUGGGAGUAUUUCAAUUCUUUGCCGGGAGGGUUGGAACAACCAUGGCAAUGGGCCGCUGAGAUGUCGCUCAGUAUGGGGAUGGCACAGGUGUUGUCAACGGCGCAGAUGGUUGCUGGAAUGGGUGCUUUGAGAGAGGGAUUAAUGGGGUUCUUGCAUAACAUUCAGAACCAGAACAGAGGCCAGCAGUGA